UCAUUGGCUUAUUUGGAAACAGGGAGAGAUACGAGGAAAGAGGGAGCAAUGAUUAAAUUGACCUUUGGUCUUCUCCUUCGCCACUACGUUGUUACUACUACUUCCUUUUACUACUACUUCCUUCUCCAUAAAGUUCUUGUCUUUGGACUUUGGUUGAAGAAAAGAAUAGAAGUGAGAUUGAAGGUGAAACAAUGGGUUGGAUAGAAGCCAUUUACACGCUUUUAACCAAAUCAUUCACCGUCCUUUCCUGGCCUCCAGUCAGUUUUCUUUGUCCAUUGUUUGUUUCUGUUCGGGUAAUGAAGAGUGAUUCCCGGUCCAGCAACCAGCGAUGUCUCGCUUUUUGGGUUUUGUAUUCCUUGUGUAUGAUCAUGGAAGGGGAACUUUCAGUGCUAUUUAACUGCCUCCCAUGGUGGCCUCAUGUGAAAUCCAUAGCAACUAUCUUGCUGUUGAUACCUUAUGUUGGUGCAGCACCAUAUGUCUAUAAAUUCUUAAUUAGACACUACUUUACUUGGAGCCUAUUUACAAGGACAUCAAACAUCUUCAGUGAGAAGAGCACACAUUUGGAAUCAGAUGAGGAUAGUAAACUUGUUGAUGUCUCUGACCAGAUGACAAGUCAAAUACAAGAAAAGAAACUUGAAGCAUAUCAAGUAUUGGUUUCAAGUUUAUACCGCAGUAUUUUCAUGCCUUUACAGCAAAUUACUGACAACUUCAGUGAGAAGAGCAGAAAUUUGGAAUCAGAUAAGGAUAGUAAACUUUUUAACGUCACUGACCAGACAAUAACGACAAGUCAAAUAGAAGAAAAGAAACUUGAAGCAUAUCAGGAGACAGAUGAUAUCGCUGGUUGUGACAAGACAGAAAGCAGUUACACAAGGCUAACUAUUAAAAAUCUAGUCCAGAAGGAAUGGAGUUGUGCAUUAUGUCAGAUUAGUACAACCAGUGAAAAUUGCUUAAGGGCACAUCUUAAAGGGAGGAAACACAAGGAUAAGGAAAAUGAGCUUAGAGUUGAGUUUUCCUCUACUCAGAAAAGAAUCAAAGGGAUGGUUCUACUAAGGAAUCUCAACCAAAUUGCAAGCAUUCUCAAUCCAGUUUCCAGAUCCAUAAGAUGGUGUGAAUGGACAAAGCCAGAGUUUGGAUGGACAAAAUUAAAUACUGAUGGUUCUAUUCAUAGUAACACUGUUAGUUUUGGUGGGCUGCUUCGAGAUUACAGGGGUGAACCAAUAUGUGCUUUUGUCUCCAAAGCUCCUCAAGGAGAUGUUUUCUUGGCUGAGCUGUGGGCCAUAUGGAGAGGCCUUGUUCUUUCCUUGGGUCUUGGGAUUAAAGCAAUAUGGGUGGAAUCAGACUCCAUGAGUGUUGUGAGGACGGUUAAUAGAAAGCAACUUUGUCCAAAAGCUGUUGGCUAUUUGAACCAGAUAUGGAAACUGUUAAAGAAGUUUGAUAAAUAUCAAAUUUCUCACUCGUGGCGCGAAACUAAUAGGGCAGCAGAUCAUCUUGCUAAGAUGGAUCUUUUGGCAAAUGAUGUGGUUUUGUCGCCAGUUGAUUUUCCACCUAGCCUUUCCAGAAUCAUUGAAGAUGAUGCCAAAGGAACGAAAUAUCGUAGACGAUGAUAUCUAACUCUCAAGGUUAGUUUCAGAUUGCGAAUGGGUUGAUGGGAAGGUAAGUACAGAUAAAAGAAACAAAAUUAGAAAGCCCUGAGUGGAAACUUAUGCUCCAGCUUCCAUUUGGAGGAGUUAACAUCACUGUUUUAGGCUCCACUAAAUUCAAGAUGAAUAUAGAGUUGCUGCCACCAGCAAGUGACGUUAAUUACGUUGUAGAUAGCAUAUUUAGACUUUUACUGCUUAGUGAUAUUGUUAUGAUCCUACAUUGUCUGAGUAAAUGGCCAAAGUAUCCUUAUAAGUUAUGUUUUGUAGUUAAAUUAUGCCUUCUCCAUUCUCAAUUUUGUUAUGGUGCGGAAAAUCUUAGUCCUGAUAUUGGGAGUGUUAAGAUCCUAUCACGCUUGGCUAUAUGGUAAUGGUGUCAAAAAUCUUUUAGAAUUCUGGUUUGCAAUCAUGGAUAAAAGGUGCAAUAUAUAUUCUUGCGAUAUUUAGUAGA